AUGGCAUCUUCUUCCCAACAAGAAUCCCAGCCCUCACUAUAUCUGUACAAUGACGACGAUCCUCUGCCGGCCGUAGACGACGAAUCGAACGACGGCGGCGACGCACCGCAGGUCAGAAUCGAGGCGGUUCCACACUACCUUGCUCUCGAUGCUUCCGCUUCCAUCUCUUCACUCUACGUUUUAAUUAAACUAAUCGCGCCGCCGACGUCUGAAUUCCGGCAAGGUCUCCGGCAUGCUCCGAUCGACCUCGUUAUAGUGCUCGAUUCGAGCGAAUGCAGCUUCGACGACUCGUAUAUGGUUCACAUUAAAGAAGCACUUCAUUUCGUUAUACAGAAGUUAGGCCCCUUCGACCGGCUUUCGAUCGUGUCGUUCGCGAACCAAGCUCGGCGAAUUUCACCAUUGCGUGCGAUGAAUAGCUGCGGGCGAAAACUUGCGGCAGCAGCGGCCGAGUCGAUCGUGGUCAAAGGUGGCUCGGCGAAUCUUGCCGAGGGGUUGAAACAGGGGAUUCGAGUUCUUGAGGAGAGGCGAUACGACGGCAAUCCGUUUGCAAGUAUUAUACUUUUAUCCCACGUGGCGCAAGCGUCGCCGAUUCACGACAAACAUUUCCAGUUUCCUAUUCACGCCUUCGGCAUUGGUCGGGACCAUGACGCUGUUGCAAUGCACGCUGCGUCGGAUAAAUCCGAGGGCAGCUAUACGUUCCUCGAGUCGUAUGGAACAGUUCUUGAGGCGAUUUCUAGCUGCAUUGGAGGUCUUUUAAGCGUUGUCGGGCAAGAUGUUCGCAUAAUGGUAUCGGUGACCUCGCCGGUAGAAAUCGAAGAGGCGUACACCGGAGGGUUCAAAAAAAUCAAGUCCGAUGAAAAGAAUCAAGUUACAGUACACGCCAGGGAUUUCUAUGCCAACCAGAAAAAGGAAUUCGCCGUCCGUAUAGCGAUCCCUUGGCUGUUUUGUGAAAACAUCGACGGAUUUGGGAAGGCACCGCUGGUGAAUAUCACAUGUUUAUACGACAAUUUGGUGACACAACCCUUGGUGUUGGUAAAGUGCCCCUUACUCGAGCUGGACAGGGCGACGACGACAUUCUUGCCAGGCGAACAAUUUCGACAAGGAAAUGAGAUUAAUGCGUUCUUUGCCUGCCUUAUUUGCACAGAGCGGAUCGAACUUGCUCGAUUGUAUCUAGAGGAGGGAAAUGUAUCGAAUGCCAAGGAGAUUAUUUCAAAAAUGAUCCAUUUCCUCCAAUCCUUAUCUUUCACUGAUCGUGAUGAUCGAUGCCGUUGGGCUUUGGCAGAGAUGCGCGAGAUUCUACGAAGAAUAGGAAGUUUGGAGGAGUACAAAGCUGGGGGGCGAGCUUAUAUGCUCUUGACUAUAACUUCGCUCAAGUUUCAAAGGGCGACGAUAAGAGGCGAUCGACUGCCCAGAGCAUUCACGAUGCGAGAAAAAGCUUUCGACUAA